AUGGCCUGCAUCUUCCGCUUCAAUGUCCUCUCCUUGGUCUACCUGCUCUUCCUCCUGCUCCUGCCCUGGUUCCCUGGGCCCACCCCGUGCCCUGGUGGAGGUCACGCAGGCCGCCUCCUCAGAGCUCUGCUGGGGAUCAGCAUCCUCUUCCUCCUUGCCCACUUCGUUUUCCAAAUAUGCCUGCACGUGCUGCCCGUCCUGGACCAGCUGCUGCAGCCCAGCUGCAGCAGAUGGGAGACCCUUGCCCGGCACAUCGGGCUCACCAGGCUGGACAUGAACGACCUCCCCAACUCGGUGCGUCUUGUGGCCCCUGACGUUGGCAUCCUGCUGGUCUCAUCCCUCUGCCUGUGCCUGUGCCGCCGCCUUGUCCCCAAGGCCAUCCGUGCCCAAAGGCCAGAGUCCCUGGAGCCACCUGAGCAGGGGGAAGAGGACAACGUGGAGCAGCACAGUGGCCUGGCCAGUGGGGACACACGACUCAGCACCAGGCUAUGGGUGACGGCUCAUUGGCUGCUCUGGGUGGCUGGGAAGGGCCUGGCCAUCGUGCUGCUGGCUUUGGCUGGGAUCAUCCUGCCCUCUGCCGCCUCCAGCGUCUACUACCUGCUCUUCCUGGGGCUGUGCAUGUGCUGCCACCUCCCCACCAGCCGCUGGGCCUUCAACACCUCCUGUGUCCUCAUUGGCCUCUACGCCGCCAGCCACCUCCUCUGCAUCUAUGCCUACCAGACAUCCUUGGUCCAGAGGUUCUUCCCGCCCCCCACGCUCUGGGCACGGUUGUUUGGCUUCAAGGACAUCGUCUUGUACCAGAACUGCUCCCGGCCCAAUGCCAUGGAGGUCAACACCCAGCACUUGUGGUCUGUGUACGCCAACCCAGGCGUCCUGCUCCUGUUGUACUACACCGUGAUCACCCUGGUGAAGCUGCAGCGCCUGGAUGCCAGGCCCAUGCUGUCCCUCAGCACUGGGAAGCCGGGUGGCAACACCGAGAACUGCACCGUCCACUUCGUGGGCCCCUCUCCCCAGCCGGGCCGACCCGACCGCUCCAGCCCCCACUCCCCAAGCCGGGGGGCCUCUUCCCGGGCCGCCUCCCUGAGGCGAGGGAAGCGCCCAGCAGAGCGACUGCCCCUGUACGUCCUGAGCAGAGUCAUCAUGAGGCAGAGCCACGUCUGCGCCCUCAUCGCCAUGAUGGUGUGGAGCAUCAUCUACCACAGCUGGUUGGCCUUCGUGUUGCUGCUCUGGGCUUGCUUCAUCUGGACGGUGCGGAGCCAGCAGCACUUUGCCAUGGUCUGCUCGCCCUUCCUCCUCCUCUACAGCAUCACCUGCGGCUGCCUGCAGUACGUCUGGGCCAUGGACGUGACCCCCGAGCUGCCCACCCACUUCGGCUUCCUGAGCCUCCGUCAGCUGGGGCUGAUCCAUCCUUCCCAUCCCUGUGUGGACCUGGGGGCCCAGCUCCUCCUCACCCUCACCUUCUUCCUGCUGCUGCGUCAGUCUGUUAAGGAGAAGCUGCUAAGUAGGUUGAGCCGGGCCACCUCACUGCUGGAGGUGACUGUCUCGGAUUUAGGUGAGGAGCCCAGCCGGCAGCGGGACAUCCUGAAGGCCCUGAUGGAGCUGGUGAGGGAUUUCUAUGCCAAAUACUGGAUCUGCGUCUGCGCCGGCAUGUUCAUCAUGGUCAGCUUCGCUGGGCGCCUGGUCCUCUACAAGAUCGUCUACAUGUUCCUCUUCCUCCUCUGCCUCACCCUCUUCCAGCUGUACUACAGCCUGUGGCGCAAGGUGCUGAAGGGCUUCUGGUGGCUGGUGGUGGCUUACACCAUGAUGGUCCUCAUCGCCAUCUACACCUUCCAGUUCGAGGACUUCCCCGCCUACUGGAAGAACCUGACUGGUCUCACCGAUGAGCAGUUGGGUGACCUGGGCCUGGAGCAGUACAGCGUCACCGAGCUCUUCUCCAGCAUCCUGAUCCCAGGCUUUUUCCUCCUGGCCUGCAUCCUCCAGCUCCAUUUCUUCCACCGUCCUUUCAUGCAACUCACUGACCUGGAGCGCAUCCCUGCCACCACCCCGCCACGUUGCCACAUCCCCAGGCAUGAGGAGCUGCACGGGAGCCGGCUGCUGCGGGGUGCAGCCGCGGCCGAGGGCACCAGGACUGACUCUGACACUGCCUCACAGGUGCCCACCAAAUGGGGGCUGGUGCUGGAGCGCCUGAUCGUGCUGGGAUGGACCUUCUCAGACAUGCUGACCCGUGGGCAGGUCUUUGUGAGGCGUCUGUUGGAGCUCCACGUCCUCAAGCUGGUGGCUGUCUACACUGUCUGGGUGGCCCUGCAGGAGGUGUCCGUGCUGAACUUCCUGCUGGUGCUGCUGUGGGCCUUUGCCAUGCCCUACUGCCGCUUCCGCCACAUGGCCUCUUGCCUCUCCACCGUCUGGACCUGCAUCAUCAUUGUCUGCAAGAUGCUCUACCAGCUCAAGAUUGUUGACCCCAGCAAAUACUCCAACAACUGCACCCGGCCCGAACUCAACAGCACCAACCUGACCCCGAAUGAACUGGUCAACUCCACGCUGUACCGUGGCCCCGUGGACCCUGCUGACUGGUUUGGCAUCCACAAGGGCUACUCCAACCUGGGCUACAUCCAUAAACACCUCCUGGUGCUGCUGGUGCUGGUGUUCGAGGCGGUGGUGUACCGGCGCCAGCAGUACCACCGCAGGCAGCACCAGCUGGUGGCCCCUGUCACUGAGACCAUCUUUGAGAACAUCUCCCGUCAGCACCUCGACGACAGCCUGGGCAGCUGUGCCAAGUACUUCCUCAACUACUUCUACUACAAGUUUGGCUUGGAGAUCUGCUUACUGAUGACCGUGAACGUGAUCGGGCAGCGGAUGAACUUCCCGGCCAUCCUGCACGGCUGCUGGCUGGUGGUCAUCUGCCAAGCGUGGAUGCUGGGAGGGGACGGGGACCUUCCUCUGACCAUCCUGUUCUGCAGGUCCUACCUGGACAUGGCAAAGGUGGUGGUCUUCCGCUACCUCUUCUGGUUUGUCCUGGUGGUGGUCUUCAUCACGGGGGCCACCCGCACCAGCCUCUUUGGCCUGGGCUACCUGCUGGCCUGCUUCUACCUCCUCCUGUUCGGCACUGCCAUGCUGCGCAAGCCGGCGCAGGCCCGCCUGGUGCUCUGGGACUGCCUCAUCCUCUACAACAUCACCGUCAUCAUCUCCAAAAACAUGCUGUCGCUCCUCUCCUGCGUCUUCGUGCAGCAGAUGCAGGACAACUUCUGCUGGGUGAUCCAGCUCUUCAGCCUGGUCUGCACCGUCAAGGGCUACUACGACCCCAUUGAGAUGGGCAGGGACCACGACUGCUCGCUGCCCGUGGAGGAGGCAGGGAUCAUCUGGGACAGCAUCUGCUUCUUCUUCCUCCUGCUCCAGCGCCGCAUCUUCCUCAGCUCUUACUUUGUGCAUGUCAUGUUCGACCUCCGGGCCUCUUCCCUGCAGGCCUCCAGGGGCGUCGCGCUGUUCAAGGCCAGUGCCCUGAAGAGCAUCCGCACCCACCGGCAGGCCGAGAGGAAGUCGCUGGCCCAGCUGAAGCGGCAGAUGAAGAGGAUCCGAACCAAGCAGUGGAAGUACCACCAGGGGUGGUGGUCCGGCACCUCCCUCCAGGGGCAGCCCGAGAGCCCGGCGGACCCUUCCCAGCAGAGGGAGCGGUGGUGGCGGCCCUGGUUAGACCACGCUGCAGUGCUGCAUUCAGGGGAAUAUUUCCUCUUUGAGUCGGACAGUGAGGAGGAGGAGGAGGCGGCGCCAGAGGAGCGGCAGCCGGGCAGGCAGAGCGCCUUCCAGCUCGCCUACCAGGCCUGGGUGACCAACACCAGGACAGCUUUGAGGCGGCAGCAGCAGGAGCAGCCGGAAUCGCCUGAUGCCGAGUUUACUGCAGAAGUCCAUGAAGUGAGUGAGGAGGAGGCAGCUGAAGAAGUCCAAGAGGAAGAGGAAAGCUCUGCGGCUCGGAGCAACGUGGUGCAGCGGGUGCUGAACACACUGCGGUUCCUGUGGGUGCUGUGCCAGGCCUUGGUGGACGGGCUGACCCAGUGGCUGGACGCCUGCACCCGGGAACACGCCAACAUGUCCAACAUCCUGCGCCUGGAGAGAUACAUGCUGGCCCGCCGGCUGGCCAGGGGAGAGGAGGUGAGCCGUGGGCUCCUGGAUGGGCUCUACCUGCCACCGCCAGAGGAGCCCCCUGAGGAGGAGGACCUGGAGGAGUCUGGGGAUGCAGACCCCCAAAAUGGCAUCGCUUCCAGGACCCUGACAGACCCCCCGCUGCCCACCGACAGCCAGGAGCAGGUGACAAGUCUGAGUUCCCAGGAGGACGUGGCCGGGUCUCAGGAGCUCCUGACCCUGCCUGGGAACCGCAGGCGGACAGCCAGUGAGCUCCUCCUGAGCAGGCAGCUGUUCAUCCCCGAGCUGGAAAUGUCAGAGCAGUUUUAUCGGACCCACAACCGGUUCCUGAAGCUGCUGCUGGCUGGGUACCGCUGCGUGGCCGCCCACUCCGAGCUGCUCUGCUACUUCAUCAUCAUCCUCAACAACGUGGUGACCGCCUCCAUCAUCUCCCUCUUCCUCCCCAUCCUCGUCUUCCUCUGGGCCAUGCUCUCCAUCCCCCGGCCCACCAAGCGCUUCUGGAUGCUUGCAAUCAUCUUCACCGAGGUGAUGGUGGUGGUGAAAUACCUCUUCCAGUUUGGGUUCUUUCCCUGGAAUGACUACGCCACGCUGGUGCGCGCUGAGGGCAAGCCCUUCUUCCCGCCCCGCAUCCUGGGAUUGGAGAAGAACGACAGCUACCUCAAGUAUGACCUUGCCCAGCUCCUGGUGCUCUUCUUCCAUCGCUCCCUGCUGCUGUCCUAUGGACUAUGGGACCUCGAGGAGAACACCUCCAAGAAGAAGACAGAGGCGGAGCAGGUGGAGGACGAGGAAGAGGAGGAGGAGAAGUGGGAGGAAGCAAUGUCUGUGCCACUGGUAAUGGGUGAAGAAAGGACAGAGCCGAGAGCACCAGGAGCAGCAGUGGAGACGGAGCCAGAGAGCGUGGGGCAGGAGGAGGGGGCUGGGGACACCCAGGUCCACUUGAGGAGGAGGAGGUGGGGGAGGAAACAGCCAGAGGUGGCUCCAGAGGAAGCCACUGGAUGUAAGGAGGAGGAGGAAAAGGAGGAAGAGGUAGAAACAGAACAGAGCCACGUUCAGAGGAAGCUGAAAGUGUUUGAGCUGCGCGUCAGGCACUUCUUCCGCACCAUGGUGCAGAACACGUACCAGCCGGUGCGCGGGUUCUUCCGGGACAUCCUGCACACACAGCACCGGGCGGCCACCGACGUCUACGCCUUCAUGUUCCUGGCUGAUGUGGUUGACUUCAUCAUCAUCAUCUUCGGCUUCUGGGCCUUUGGGAAACACUCGGCAGCCACCGACAUCACCUCCUCGCUCUCGGAUGACCAAGUGCCAGAGGCCUUCCUGGUCAUGCUGCUCAUCCAGUUCACCACCAUGGUCAUAGACCGUGCGCUCUACCUCCGCAAGACUGUGCUGGGCAAGCUCAUCUUCCAGGUCAUCCUGGUCUUCAGCAUCCACCUCUGGAUGUUCUUCAUCCUGCCGGCCGUCACCGAAAGGUUGUUCAACCUCAACACAGUGGCCCAGCUGUGGUACUUUGUGAAGUGCAUCUACUUCUCACUGUCAGCCUACCAGAUCCGCUGUGGCUACCCCACCUGCAUCCUGGGCAACUUCCUCACCAAGAAAUACAACCACCUCAACCUCUUCCUCUUCCAAGGGUUUCGUCUCGUGCCCUUCCUGGUGGAGCUGCGGGCUGUCAUGGACUGGGUCUGGACGGACACCACGCUCUCCCUCUCUAACUGGAUGUGUGUGGAGGACAUCUAUGCCAAUGUCUUCAUCAUCAAGUGCAGCCGUGAGACAGAGAAAAAAUAUCUUCAGCCCAAGGGGCAGAAAAAGAAGAAGAUUGUGAAGUAUGGCAUGGGGGGCCUCAUCAUCCUCUUCCUCGUGGCCAUCAUCUGGUUCCCACUGCUCUUCAUGUCGCUGGUGCGCUCCGUGGUGGGCGUUGUGAACCACCCCAUCGAUGUCACUGUCGCCCUCAAACUGGGGGGAUAUGAGCCACUGUUCACCAUGAGUGCCCAGCAACCAUCCAUCCAGCCCUUCACCCCCCAGGACUACGAAGACCUCACUGAGCAGUUUGAAAGGGACCCGGUGGCCAUGCAGUUCAUCACGCUGUACGGCUACGAGGACAUCGUGACCGCGCGCAUCGAGGGCAGCUCGGGCGCUCUCUGGAGCAUCAGCCCCCCCAGCCGGGAGCAGAUGCAGCGGGAGCUGCUGACCGGCUCCUCCGACGUCACCCUCCGCUUCACCUGGACCUUACAGAGGGACCUGGGCAAGGGGGGGACAGUGGAGAACACCUUCAGCAAGCACAGCACCAACCUGGAGCCCGGCGCCCCGCAACGCUUGCAGCUGGCCCAGCUGCUCCAGGGCACCCGUGACGCCCCUGUGCAAGUGCCCAGACUCUUCCCCAAAUACAUCCGGGCACCCAACAACCCUGAAGCUGACCCUGUCAAGCAGCUGCUGCCAGAGGGUGAGGACAGCUACCUGGACGUGGAGGUGCAGCUGAAACGGGAGCGGGCGAGCGCCGACAGGUUCUUGGAGUGGUGGGCAGGGGGGCUGCCCAGCUGCACCCCCGAAGGGUGCGGUGCAGGAUGUCCCGGCUCCUCCCACAGGAUCAUGGGGCUCUACGUCUCCAUCGUGCUGGUGAUCGGGAAGUUCGUGCGGGGUUUCUUCAGCGAGAUCUCGCACUCCAUCAUGUUCGAGGAGCUGCCCUGCGUGGAUCGCAUCCUGAAGCUGUGCCAGGACAUCUUCCUGGUGCGGGAGACGGGCGAGCUGGAGCUGGAGGAAGAGCUCUAUGCCAAGCUCAUCUUCCUUUACCGCUCCCCCGAGACCAUGAUCAAGUGGACGCGGGAGAAGGAGUAA